AUGACGGUGCAGGUAUGGGUGGCCCUGUCCCUCUUGCUCAGCACCGGGCCGUGGCUCGCGGUAUGCACCACGACGUCCUCCCCCACCACGACAUUUGUAGCCAGUGGUGACGCAGACGAUAGCGGCUCGGGCACGGGCACUGCUCCACCAACGACCAUUCCCACAACGUUUUCGACGACGAAUGCCGAUGAUGGCUCUGGUGUUUCAACCACCUUCAAUCCCAGUAGCUCCACCCCGUUGGCCACCACAACACUACCCACGGUACCACCAACCGCCUUCACCACGGCAAUGCCCGCCACGACCACCCCCGAGGCCAACAGUAGCACAACUUCCAGCCCCUUGGCCCCGACGCUAGGCCCAAGCCCUGCCGUAUCCACCACGCCGCUGGCACCGAGCACCACUCUGGAAGCCCCGACUGAGGAUACCGCCAGCCCAUCAGGCACACCGCCUGACACCACGCUGCCACCCACAGCCCCGACAGGACCUAGCACAACAGAAUCCACUGGCUCAGGUAGCGUGGGAUCUUCCUCAACCCUUCCGUCAACCACAACGUUGGUCUCGACCACAGCAGCUGGUAGCACUACCAUGGACGGUUCGGGCGUCGUCACAGUUGUCUCAACAACGCCACCGGGCACAAUUUCGAGCACUCCGCCUGCUACAACUUUGACCACGCAGAGUACGGCACUGCCCUCCACGCCACUUGCAUCGUCAACCUCCAGUGUAAGCGUGCCCCUGACCACAACUGAUGCAGGAUCGGGCGGUGGACCAACCACGCCGCCCGUCUCCACCGUCGUAACAACCGCCAUGUCCACGACGGAUGAUGGAUCGAGCGGCACGCUGAUGACGACCACGGUCCCAGACACAGUGUCCAUGACCACUAGCACAACGGUGGCUGAUGGCUCGAGCAGCAGCAGCACGCUGGUGACUAUCACUGUCCCGGACACAACGCCCAUGACCACCACCACGGAAGAUGGCUCAAGCAGCACGCUGGGAACCACCGCCGUCCCAGACACAACGCCCAUGAUCACUACGGAUGAUGGCUCGAGCGGCACGUUGGUUACCACCACCGUCCCAGACACAACUUCCGUGGCCACUGGCACGACCACGGCCGAUGCCUCGAGCAGCACGCUGGUGUUUACCACCACUCCAGCCCCCACACCUCUGACCACCACCAGCCCGACCACCACUCCAGUUACAGUCACGACAACGAGCGGUGAUGAUGGGAGCGGUAGUACUAGUACCUUGACGACUGCCGAGCCCAUCACCACGUCCACCUCUGUCGAUCCGGUGACCACCAGUGAUGGUUCAGGCGAGCCUUCUUCCACCACUGUAUCAUCGACCACCACUGCAGAGGAUUCAACCACGACCUUGCCCACUUCUCCAACACCCGUCACCACGACCAGUGCGUCGGCACCCACCACGUCAAGCGUGGCGACGACAUUGCCCACCUCGUCGGCACCCGCCACUACAACCUCAAACCAACGUUUUGCCUUGCCCGUCGGACUGCUCUUUAACGACGUGCCAUUGGAUGACUUUGCCCAACUGGACCUUCUUAAUGCCCGCCUAGGCCUCAGCAUCGCCACCUUGAGGGACAUUGUGGAUGCUCACUGCCACCGGUGUGAUGCUAGUGGCGCUGCGGGUGUGCCUGGCCCGCGCGUGGUCGCCUCCUCUGUGUCAGCUUUUGACGCUCGGCGUCGAGCUGAGGGUACGCGAUUGGAUGCAUACAUUACCGAUUUUCCCAGCGAGGCUGAUGCGCGCAAUGUGGGCGAUGCGCUUUUGGAUCAAGGCUCCAUCACUGUCUCGGACGUGGGUGUGGGCACAAUUGCCGUUGGUGCCCCAGUGGAACAGUCUUCCCUGGACCUGACACCUCUGCAGCUUGACACCACAGAUGGAGUGGGCGAGGGAGAAGGCUCUUCGCUCAACGACGAUGACGAUGACGAGCGCGAGUGGCGAAUUGCAGCCAUCCUUGUGGCGACGCUGCUUGCUCUGGCGCUGCUGUUGGUCCUGCUUCUUGUUUGGCGCAGGAGGCAUCAACGAAAAGCCACACUCGAUAUUUCUGACGAGAUUGCGGGUGAGCCUGAGGCAACGGGUGCUCAAGCACGCCGAUACCAGGCCGACCCCUCGUAUGCUAGCCCAAUGGCCUGGCGUGCCAUGGAACCCGGCAUGCGCACCCCAGCGACGCUCACGCGGGUUCAGUCCAAGCCGCUGUUUCAUGACACGUCCCUCGACGAGAUUCCAGUUUAUCACGAAGCACACAAGAUGCCCUUGCUACACGUCAAGUCGGGUCAGCAAGCUCGCUGCUCCAGUCGGGUCUUGAGCCGGUUGUACGGGUACCCCAGUGAUGAGGAUCCCAGUUCGUUUGGCAUGCGGGCCAACAUACAGUCCUGCCGUGCUGCAGUCCAAGCCAUUACCGCCGCCCGUCGUGCAGGGCACCCCAUCGCGGUGGAGAAAGUUGCCGAAGCCGUGCACGAUGGCUGGGCUCUAGCCGCUCGCACCGUCUGGGAUGCCACCAAAUAUGGCUCCGCUCUAACAUCCACGUCAGACUGCAAGACAGCCCCCUCGACACAGCCCGGUCCGAGCCGGCCUGGCGCCAAGACUGUCAACCCCCACCCCAACUCCAGUUCUGGCCCCAAGUCGGGCAAGAACCAACCAGCCCUGUUUCAGAGAGGUUGUUUUGCCUCACAAUCAGCUUACGACAAAUAUAAAUCACGUGUUGCCUUGGGCGCCACGCCCUACACAGAACUCUCCGACGACGAGAAGGCCAAAGACCGAGCCAUUGUCGAAACCAUUCUGCAACUGCUGCAGCGUGAAGGUCAGCUGCAUGAUCGCGACAUUAUUCGUGAGGACGUGAACAUCGCAAGACGCGUUCACGAUCUGAACAGCGUUGUGUUUCUUUAA